AUGGGACCAGUCCAUGAAUCUGCUCUCGACCUGAGAGUAUCAGAUCUCCUCACGAGUGAUCUCCUUUGGAAUAAGAAAAGGAUUGAUCAGUUCUUACCAGCUUUCAGUACGCAAAUCCAAGGCCUAAGACCAAGUAGGAAAGGAGCUGAGGAUGCCUAUGUCUGGACCCCUCUCACCACGGGAAUCUACUCAGCAAGAUCAGGGUACAAUGCAACAGCACAGGCUAGUCAUUGCCCUAGUGCUCCCAUCUCUCAACCUGAGGCAGAGUUUAAUUGGUUAAAGGACAUUUGGUCAACAAAAACAUCUCCAAAGCUCAAGCUUUUCUUGUGGUCGACUAUUCAAGGAGCUUUACCUUUAGGGGUAGAACUACAGAAGAGAGGAUUAAACGCUGCAGCCCUAUGCCCUCGGUGUAAAGAAGUUGAAACUGCAAUGCAUACAUUCUUCCUCUGCCCCUUUGCCAAAGAAGUCUGGAACCAUGUCCCUUUCAAAACGCCAGUUCACAUAGCUGAGGAUAUGGACUUCAAAUCUGCAAUAGUCAAAUUCCGCCAAGCUCUCUGCCUCCCCCCCAUAGGGGUCCGAUCCCCCCUCCUUCCAUGGGUCUGCUGGUCCCUCUGGACGGCCAGAAACAAGCUCAUCUUCGAAGACAAAACCAACCCUCCCAUCGAGAUCGCGACAAGAGGCCUAGCAGCAGCACUGGAAUGGGAUCAGGCACAGGCGGUAAUGAUAUCAAAGACUAACCCAAACAUACCGCAAAGAGCUGCUCCAGUCAGGUUGAUUAGUCUAGAUACUGAGAACCCAUGUUUCGUCGACGCCGCAUGGGACUCCACAGCUAAGCGAGCGGGAACCGCAUGGAUUCUUAACAAACACCUCCCGCACCAUGCCCGAUCAGGUUCACAGAUCUUCGACAACGUCAACUCUCCCCUUAUGGCUGAAUCGCUCGCUCUCCGAAACGGCAUUGAGGAAUUGAUCAAAGCGGGAGUACAAUCCACAACAGUCUUCUCGGAUUGCCAAACGCUCAUCAGAGCUAUCGUCAACAAGAGUCAGAUCAAAGAGGCUUACGGCGUUCUCCAAGACAUCGAUCGCCUCUCUUCUCUCUUCGUCUCUAUCUGUUUCCAGUUCAUCCCUCGUUCUCAGAACAGGGAAACUGAUUUCUUAGCUAAACAGGCCCUUCAGGCCCACUGCUGUUUAAUUCCCUAUGUUUAA